AUGCUCAACGAAUUGAACGAAGCAGGGAAGAGAAUAGGACCGCGAAUAAACAGAAAGAAGAUAUUGUUCAUGAAGAACGCCUACUGCGAGGACGGGGGAGUACAACUUGAAGGCUCUCAGACCGUCGAAACUUCGUCAUACGUAUACCCCGGACGCUAUAUAAAUGUGGAAAGUUACUUGUGGGAAGAACCGAAUAGAGCGUGGGCAGCAAUCGCACCUGUCAGGAAAGCUGCGGACCAGUUGACGGACCAAAAUCUCCGUGCGGAUCUGUUCGACUUGACUGUUCUUUACGCACUCUGUUACGCAGUGGAGACUUGGGCUCAGACCACUGUCACGUUCAAAAGCUGCACACUUCCCACAGAGCCGUUGAGAGAUGUCUUCUGA